GACGGAGGGGCAACCUCUUUGGGACUAACUCAUGAAGAACAAGGGUGCCAAGCAGAAGCUGAAACGAAAGGGAGCCGCCAGUGCCUUUGGCUGUGACCUGACCGAAUAUCUGGAAAGCUCAGGACAGGAUGUUCCAUAUGUAUUGAAGAGCUGUGCAGAAUUUAUAGAGACUCACGGCAUCGUGGAUGGAAUUUAUCGGCUUUCGGGAGUUACCUCGAACAUACAACGGCUAAGGCAAGAGUUUGGCUCAGAUCAAUGUCCAGAUCUGACAAGAGAAGUGUACCUCCAGGACAUCCACUGUGUGGGCUCCCUCUGCAAGCUCUACUUCAGGGAGCUGCCCAACCCCCUCCUGACUUAUGAGCUCUAUGAGAAAUUCACAGAGGCGGUGUCGCAUUGCCCAGAAGAAGGCCAACUGGCCCGAAUCCAAAAUGUUAUCCAGGAGCUUCCCCCAUCCCAUUAUAGGACCUUGGAAUACCUGAUUCGACACCUGGCCCACAUUGCCUCCUUCAGCAGCAAGACCAACAUGCAUGCCAGGAACCUGGCCCUGGUGUGGGCACCAAACCUUCUCAGGUCCAAAGAAAUCGAAGCCACUGGUUGCAAUGGAGACGCAGCCUUCCUGGCAGUCCGGGUCCAGCAGGUGGUGAUUGAGUUCAUAUUGAAUCAUGUGGACCAAAUCUUUAACAAUGGUGCACCCAGCUCUCUGGAGAAUGACGAAAACCGGCCCAUCAUGAAGAGCCAGACCUUGCCAGCCCUCUCUCCGCCCAUGAAGUUGGUGAGCCUGGAGGAAGCUCAGGCUCGGAGCCUGGCUACUAACCAUCCCGCUCGGAAGGAAAGGAGAGAGAAUAGCCUGCCUGAGAUUGUCCCUCCCAUGGGCACCCUCUUCCACACCGUCCUUGAGUUACCAGACAACAAAAGAAAGCUCUCCAGUAAAUCGAAGAAGUGGAAAUCAAUCUUUAACCUGGGCCGUUCCGGAUCCGACUCCAAGUCAAAGCUGAGUAGGAAUGGGAGUGUGUUCGUGAGAGGACAGAGGCUCUCAGUGGAAAAGGCUACUAUCCGCCCAGCUAAAAGCAUGGACUCGCUGUGCUCAGUGCCUGUGGAAGGGAAAGAAACCAAAGGAAAUUUCAAUCGAACAGUCACCACCGGUGGAUUUUUCAUUCCAGCAGCGAAAAUGCACUCAACCAGCACGGGCAGCUCCUGUGACCUCAGCAAACAGGAGGGCGAAUGGGGCCAGGAGGGUAUGCCGGCAGGGGCGGAGGGGGGCUUCGACGUGAGCAGUGACCGGAGCCAACUCCAGGGCGCUCAGGCCCGGCCGCCCCCUGAGCAGCUGAAGGUGUUCCGGCCCAUCGAGGAUCCCGAGGGCGAGCAGACGGCCCCCAAGAUGCUAGGCAUGUUCUACACCUCGAACGACAGCCCCAGCAAGUCCGUCUUCACCAGCAGCCUCUUCCAGAUGGAGCCCUCGCCCCGGCACCAGCGCAAGGCCCUGAACAUCUCCGAGCCCUUUGCCGUGUCCGUGCCUCUCCGUGUGUCAGCCGUCAUCAGCACCAACAGCACCCCAUGCAGGACACCCCCCAAGGAGCUGCAGUCUCUUUCCAGCCUGGAAGAGUUUUCUUUCCAGGGGUCAGAGAGUGGAGGUUGGCCUGAAGAGGAGAAACCACCGGGAGCUGAGACUUCUACAGCUUCUGGAGCUAAGAAGGCGGCUCUUGAGGAUGCCAAGCCAGGACCUGAAGCAGUGAGGACAGUGGAAUGCAGCAAAGGCCCUUCCCUGGAGCCAGGUGCCCAACUGGAGGAGAAGAAAAUCUCGGAAGUCGCCCUGGGCUCUCAACAUUCAAGUGAAUUAGAGAAGAGGCUGGAUCGAGGGAAGGCAGUGGAGGAGAGUCAAGAGGCUGGCCAGGUGGAGUCCAGUGCUCUGCAGGAGAGCCCCAGGGCCAGAGCCGAAGCAGUGUUUCUCCAUGAGAUGGAUGAAGAUGAUCUGGCCAACGCCCUGAUCUGGCCGGAGAUUCAACAGGAACUGAAAAUUAUUGAAUCUGAGGAGGAACUCUCCUCGUUGCCACCGCCGGCCCUAAAGAUCAGCGCCACUCAGCCAAUUCUGGAGUUCAGUCCGGCGCCCUGUGCUUCCUUGGAGCCUCCUGGGAGCGCGUCUUGUGGCUCGGCCCCAGCUCCAGUCUCCGCCCCCCUGGAGGAGUGGACUAGGGAUCCAACCAAUCAGAGCACACCGGGGGCCUCCACAGCAGCCAAUAGAGAAAAAUCCGAGGCAAGCAGCAGCCUGCAUGGAUCUGAGCCCGAGAAGGGCCAGCGGCCAGACCCCAGCAGCCUAGUUCCUCUGGAAAUAGUGCCGUUUGAGGCGGCUUCUCCACAAGCGAGGGUGGAGGUGGGAGGUCCAGGGAAUCUGUCUCCUGUGCUCCCGCCUGCUCCUCCCCCCCCAACCCCAAUGGAGGAGGCGCCUCGAGUCCAGCUGUUGGAGGGCGGCCCUGAGAGAGAAGGCUCAUCCAGGAAUUUGAAGACAAAUGCAGAUACAGACCAGCUGAAGUCCAAAGGCAGCCCUGGGAUCCCCAGUCUCUGUCAGGAAGACGAGGCUGCUCCAGGACAAAGGGAAAAGCAAAAUUCAAAGGAUGCUGCUCCUGAGGGGAAAGGCUCUGGUUUUCCAAGCCCCACAAGGGAGGUUGAGAUCUCCCCACAAGGAGAGGUGGAUGUAGCCCAUUCAGUACAGGAGCCCUCGGACUGUGACGAAGACGACACUGUGACGGACAAUGCGCAGCAUGGCCUGGAGAUGGUGGAACCCUGGGAGGAGCCCCAGUGGGUGACGAGUCCUCUUCAUUCCCCUACCCUGAAAGAUGUGCAAGAGGCCCAGAUGCAGGGCUCCCAGGGCCUGCGACUGGAGAAGAGGCUUUCCCACAGGCCCAGCCUUCGCCAGAGCCAUUCUCUAGAUAGCAAAACCACAGUUAAGAGCCAGUGGACUCUCGAGGGUCCCUCCUCCAGCAGCUGUGCUAACCUUGAAGCAGAGGGGAAUUCUGACCCUCUGCAGCCCCUGUCACCCAGGAGAGAGAUUACUGGAUGGGAUGAGAAAGCCCUGAGUUCCUUCAGAGAGUUGUCUUGCCCUAAAGGGACAGAGGCUCUUCCCAACCAGAAGGGACCAGGUGGUUUGCAGCCCAAACCAGCAGAAACCAGCCCUGUCAGCCUAGCAGAGGGAAAGGAACAGGGGACACCCCUGGAGCACUGCAACCCUCAGAUUGAGCAAGGCAGUGUUCCUGGGCCGCAGAGAAGCCAGGAGAAUUCACCUAGCGUGCAGGACAGCACCUCACCUGGAGAGCAUCCCCCGAAGCUACCGCUAAAGACCACUGAGUGCGGGCCCCCAAAAGGGAAAAAUAGGCCUUCUUCCCUCAACUUGGACUCUGCCAUUCCCAUCACUGACCUCUUCCGGUUUGAGAAUGUGGCCUCAUCUGGUUCACCUGGAAUGCAGCUCUCUGAGCCAGGAGACCCGAAGUUCACGUGGAUGACCUCAUCUCACUGUAAAGUAGACCCCUGGAGGGUUUGCUCCCAGGACCCUCAGGACCCGGACAUUGUUGCUCACGCCCUGACAGGCCGCCGAAACUCAGCUCCCGUGAGUGUGUCAGCUGUGAGAACCUCCUUCAUGGUCAAAAUGUGCCAGGCCAGGGCAGUCCCAGUCAUCCCACCCAAGAUUCAGUACACACAGAUCCCACAGCCCCUGCCCUCUCAGAGCUCAGGGGAGAAUGGGACUCAGCCUGUGGAAAGGAGCCAAGAGGAACCCAACUCAACUGGUGGGACCUCUCAGAAAACUGCCAAAGGUGAUUCUCUCUCCUUGGAAAGCCCAAAGGAAGAGAAACCAAAGCAAGAUACAGGAGCCAUUGAGUCCUUGGCAGUGGAUGCCACUGCAUCUCGCAUGUGUGAGGGACCCACCCUUUCUCCAGAACCAGGUUUAGCUAACCUGCUCUCCACCCAGGAUGCAGUAGUGCAAUGCAGAAAGCGCACAUCAGAGACAGAGCCAUCGGGGGACAACCUGCUUUCUUCAAAAAUAGAGCGACCAUCAGGGGGUUCUAAGCCUUUCCACAGGUCAAGGCCAGGAAGACCUCAGAGCCUAAUCUUAUUCAGUCCUCCUUUCCCCAUUAUGGACCACCCGCCCCCAUCAUCCACAGUGACAGAUUCCAAGGUCCUGCUGUCCCCUAUUAGAAGUCCCACCCAGACAGUUUCUCCUGGCCUUCUUUGUGGGGAGUUGGCAGAAAACACGUGGAUCACACCAGAAGGGGUUACACUUAGGAAUAAAAUGACCAUCCCUAAGAAUGGCCAGAGACUAGAGACCUCAACCAGCUGUUUUUACCAGCCCCAGCGGAGAUCAGUGAUUCUGGAUGGAAGAAGUGGGAGGCAAAUAGAAUGACAUCAGUUCACCUGCUGGUGUCUGAGAAAAUGUCGUGAUUCAUCUGGAAGUUACUAUUGGGACAACUUGCCAUUGUUCCAGGCACAGGUUAUCCAAGUUUGGGCUUAGUUUGGCCUCUUCUUUUUCUUUGGCCUUCUGACCAUUUAUUAAUUAGUCCAUUUGCCAGAAGAGAGGUCAAGAGAAGGACCAAGAGAUGAAGUUUAAAUAAGUCUCUAUGAGCAGGCAGGGAAAGGUCAGGUGAGGGAAGAGGAUGAAAUGCUGGCCUCCAAUGAGGUUUGGGACCUGUGAGUUGUGUUACUCCCCACUGCCAUUAUCUGUGACCAUUGAGAGCUGGGUGUGAUUAUGCCUUUUGAAAGAAAGAGAAAUCCUUUGCCCGGGUUGGAAAACGUUGCUAUUGAGGUUUGAAGGCCUCCUAUUUACUUCAUGCUUUUUAAUGCUCUUUAAAUCAUGUGUUCUUUUAGACAAGUUUUCUGAUAAGCUUUGUAAAAGUGUACUAUCCAGAAUAGAAGCAGAUUUGGAAAUGCAAACUAACGUACACUUAGAUAUCCAAGUGGGUGAAUUCACCCACGCUCUUUCCCUGCAAUCCCUGCAGAUCUGUCCAAGGUGGCUCCAUACGCCAGCACGGAAAGUCAGAAUCUAUACUAAAGAGCAAACUUGGAGACUGGCAUGGUCCAAGAAGACUUUCUGGCUCUGGCUUCUAUUAAUUUGGGACUCCAACUGCCACUAUCCUGCCCUCUGAUUUAUAAAUCCAGUAGCUGGGGAGGGUGGGAGCUGAGCUGAGGGUUACCUCAAUGAAAUGUGCUGAAUCUUCAUUUAGGUAUGCAAGAGUGAUGGGAUCUGCUUUCUUCCCGAUAUCAGAGUCCAAAAACAGGAUGUCUUCUUAGAGAAAAGCCUCACGUAUAGGCAGAACUACACUCCAAACUUAAUGUGUUUAAAUUGGUGGAGCAUUAGCAGAAAACACCUGUAGCUCAGCUUCACACUCCGUCCAUACUAGGCUGGGACCAGCAGUGCAGGAGAGGGUAAGCCAGGAGACCCAGGAGGACAAGGCCGAGUCCUAGCAGGGUAGCCAUCAUUACUGCUUGGUGACAGCUGCCCUUCUUGAAAAUGUAUUUCAUUUUAGCCAGUGGGAGCCUUCCUUUCUCCCUCUCCUUCCAUUGCUCAAGAGCAGAUUCAAGGGACCCCUCUGCUUUCCAUGGUCCCCCUCAUCCACUACCCACCCCAAGCACUGAAACUUGCUCUUCCCCUGUCUAUACGCAAGCAGAAGCAAUAAACGAAUCUGAUUCUAUUUGUUA